CUCCGGUUAAGCACCGGGUGUUGGGGGGGCGGCGGCGGCGGCAGCGGCGGGGGGGGAUGAGCGCGGCCCCCAUGGAGCUGCUGAGGAAAUGGCUGGGCCACCCCGAGGACAUCUACAACCUGCUGCGCUUCAAGAUGGGCGGCUACCGGGCCGUCAUGCCGCGCAUCGACCCGGACUCGUUGGGACGCGGGCUCCGUACCUGCUACCAGUACCUCAACCAGACCAGCCGAAGUUUCGCCGCUGUUAUUCAAGCCCUGGAUGGAGAGCUGCGACAUGCCGUCUGUAUAUUCUACCUAGUUCUCCGUGCCCUGGACACUAUAGAGGAUGACAUGACCAUCAACUUAGAUGUAAAGGUCCCGAUGCUGCAUGAGUUUCAUUCCUAUCUCUAUCAACCAGAGUGGAAAUACACGGAGAGCAAGCAGAAGGACCGGCAGGUGCUCGAGGACUUCCCAACGAUCUCCCUGGAGUUCAGGAACCUGUCAAAGGUCUAUCAGGAUGUGAUUUCAGAUAUUUGCCACAAGAUGGGUGUCGGGAUGGCGGAGUUCUUGGACAAGAAGGUGGACUCUCAGCAUGAGUGGGAUAAGUAUUGUCACUAUGUUGCUGGGCUGGUGGGGAUCGGCCUUUCCCGUCUCUUCUCUGCAUCAGAGCUAGAAGAUCCUAUCGUCGGGGAGGACACAGAGCUGGCCAAUUCCAUGGGCCUCUUCCUGCAGAAAACCAACAUCAUCCGUGACUAUCUGGAGGACCAGCUGGAGGGAAGGGAGUUCUGGCCCAGAGAGGUUUGGAGCAGAUACGCAAAGAAGCUCUCAGAUCUGGCCAAACCAGAGAACAUCGAUAUGGCUGUCCAGUGUCUGAAUGAGCUCAUCACCAACGCCCUUCACCAUGUACCUGAUGUCCUCACAUACUUAUCCCGCCUGAAAAACCAAAGUGUCUUCAACUUCUGUGCUAUCCCCCAGGUGAUGGCUAUUGCCACGUUGGCUGCCUGCUAUAACAACAGGCAGGUGUUCAGGGGCAUCGUGAAGAUCCGGAAGGGACAAGCCGUCACUCUAAUGAUGGAUGCCACAAAUAUACAAGCUGUCAAAGCCAUCAUGUACCAGUAUGUGGAAGAGAUCUACCAGAAGAUCCCAAGCGCGGACCCCUCAUCCAACAAGACGCAGCGGGUCAUCGCCUCCAUCCGCGCCACGAGCUUGCCUGGCAGCCCCACGGCGUCACGCCACCACUACUCCCCCAUCUACCUGUCGUGCGCCAUGCUCCUGGCCGCCCUGAGCUGGCAGUACCUGACCACCAUCUCCAAGGCCACCGAGGAGAUGAUUUUAAACUCCAUUUGCCUGUUUUCUUGCUUGAGAUUUGAGACACCUUUUCAGCUCAGAGCUGAGCAAAACCUGGGUUUUGCUCCCUUUUCUUAGGCAGCCUCUUGCCUCUAGUGCCUGCUCCACACUGGAAAGACGCUGCUUCGGCUGGGAGAGGAACAUGCUUCCUUAUCCAGGGAAAAAGCUCUGGCCACUUUCUGGCCCUCAGCCCAGACUGGUUGACAUCCUGGAAGCAGGCAGAGGCAACCUUCACGUUGCUGUUGUGCUGAAGGAGGCUGCUAGGUCUGAAACAAGACCUUUCAGUGUUAAAUACCGUUGGAAGUGGGAUGCUCUGUCCACUUUAAUUGAAAGCCAUCCACAGCAGUUCCCUGCCCUCUAGCACGUGGCACCCCGCACUUGCAAAGCUUUGUGUUUUAGCAGCUGGGGAGGUGGUUCAGAGGAGGAGGGAGCUGCUUGCAUGGCCCUGAGCUAAUAACCCCGUGCCUGACUCUGCUGUGGGGUCUGCACCACUUCUCCAGCCCAUGGGGACGGGUGGCUGUGGCAGAGCAGCACCGGGUACCUCUGCAAGGUGGUGGAGUUGGGGUUUGAACUGUGCUGUCCCUUGGAGGAUGCUUUUUGGGGGGCCUUGUUGCAUUGGCUGCCCCGAAAGGCAGCGAUGAUCCCUGCCAUGGGUUGGGAAGGCUUGAAUCACCUUGAGAAGGCCAGGGCAGGUUUCCCUGGCCCCUAUGACUCUAGCUUGGGAUGAAUCUCUGGGGUUAGACUGACAUGCAAACUGGAAGAGGCUUCCACUGCUGUUCUGAAACGCAUCAGGCUGGAUUUACAAGUGGGCUAUGUUCCUCGUGGGAACAGCUUGGGUGAGAAGAUGAAACUGCUGGUGGAUUUUUGUUUUUGUGGUCCCUAUCACCCUGAAAUGCUGCUUUGCCUUUGGGAAGGAGAGGAGAGCCUGUGUCCUGGUGCAGGACAGAGCUCAGUCUACCAGGUGCAGUUCGGUGGCCUUGGCAAGGCCAAGCCCCUGUGGCCAGACUGUUACUCAGAGGGAGUACCAAUGUAGAUAGUUUUAAGCUAUUGUUCAAAAAAACUUGUGGUAGCUCUCUUUGUGCAGCUUCCUGUCUUGUUGAAAUUAAAGUUUUCUUUGGGAAAAAAGAAAAAAAAAA